CACACUGAUACAAUGUUCCCUAAAGCACUCAUGUGAAUUGCAUGCUUCAUUACUAUGAGCAUCAGCUGUGCGUUGCAUUACAUAACAGAAUACUCAUUCAGCCGUGCCAGACUGACUGGGCUGCAGCAGUGUCGUCUCCGCCACGCCCCCUUUUACGUCACAAACUGCAAAAGCGAGGUUGCCAUGACGACAGUGUUGCGCCGAGGCGAGAUUUUCAGUCAGCGGCACCGAAAGGAAACACAUUUGGUCGGAAGAAAAAGUAUUUAAAAAUAUUGGAAAACAUAAAAUGAUUCAUUAUAAGCUUCAAUGUGAUGGUAACAAGACGCUACUAGAUGGAAGAGGCAUAACUCCUGAAAGAUAGAGGCCAAAGAAAUCAAUCCCAGAUCUCACUGAUGGGUGGGCGGGGCCUUUGACACUCAGGCAAGCAUUGCUGUCUUCUCAACUCUUAGAGGAGCUCCCAACUAUGAAUGGAUCAGAUGAAGAGAUUCCAUUUGAGGACGAUGCAGUCGAGGAUCAGCUUUACAAAGCACAAAGGCUGCAUGUGGAUGCUCUUCUUGACAUCAGUGAGGAGGCCUUUUUGAAAGAAGUGGAGCCGUACGAGUAUCACUGUUAUCCUGGUUGGGAAGAGGCUGUGCGUGGCUGGGACAGAGUGGCUCCAGUCAGUGGCAUUCUUCUUCCGCAAAAGGACAAGAAACCAAAGCAGCGCAAAGAGACAACAGACAACCCUAACCCCUCACAGGUUGAACCAACAACCUCUUACACGGACACCUUAGCCAGUGGCGGUGAACACUGCACUGAGUCCCAAUCCAUCGCUCAUAACUUGAAGAAAUCCACGCCGUCUAGCCAGAGGGUACAACCAGAGUCUCUAGAAUGGCAUGCGCUGGAUGGCGUGGAGGAAGAGUUGUCACACCUCUUACAGGAAGAGAGAGGUCAUCUGAGUGGGAUUCCUUUGCACCUUCAACAUCUGCCUCCAAACAUGUCAAAGGGCAGGUCUUCCAAGCACUCAAAACGCCAGCAUCAGACUAAAAGUACAGUAGUUCCCAUUACAAACUUCACAUUUUUACCACCUAUUAAAUGAAAGCCAAUGGCAUGACACAAUGAU